GGGAAAUGCUACUUUUAAGCCUAAAGAAGAAGAAGUGAUGCCAAACACAGAAGCGAAAGAAACUGUACACAAUGAAGAAGUGAAAACUCCGAAGGGUAUGUUACAGGAAUUUGAGAGUUUGUUUGUAUUAGCUGAAUUAGAUUUGUGCCAUAUAACUAAAUCGGACGUCAAAGAAGUCAAGCAGCUUAUUCACAGUUAUGUACCACAACCGUCAAAGAAGAGUCCAGUCGAAAUGAAAUGCCCAGUAUACGAACGGCCGAGGCGUUUAUCUUUCGUUGAUAAAGGUAUUGUGGACUCAACAGUAGAAAAAUUAUUAACCGGGGUUGAGAUGAGGGCUAAUAGUUUCCCUGAGUUACAAGAACUUUUGGAAGAGGAAGCCAUAGAAGAGCUGGAAGCUCAGCAUAAUAUGGAGAGAAUCCAAGAGGAAAAUCGUAAAAGUUAUAACAAAAAACGCAAAAAGGGUGGUGAAAGAAUAUGACGUGGAAAAGGUAGGAGAUCACGAAGAUCCUGGGAAAACCUCAACUGUCACAGAGUAUAUGAAGUCGUGGAAUGGUCAAGUGAAUUCAUCAGACGAUUCAACAUUCGAGGCGAAUGAUAAGUCAGUCCGGCCGAAUGUGGGAAUGGGUCGAGAGACGAGAAGCGGUCGAUUGUAUUGAACCAGU